UCAAACUUUCAGACUCAUGUUACUGCUUGUACCCUUCAUAUCGUAUGUGUGUAAAAAUAACGUUUUUAAAGAACACUAGAUCUUUAUUUUGGUUCUGGAGCCAAACGGUGUAGUUUUUGUAAAGUGUACCGUGUUACAAGAAUAGGAUGGUAUGGUUUUCUUUUCUUGCUUUGCCGGUGAAAAAUUUGUUUUUUGACUGGCAAUGGUGACAAAAGUGUAUCAUCGCUUCAUAGCACCUGAUCUGACUUGUGGAACUUAACAUGGACUGCACAAGAUUUUUUUUUUUAAAUGUCAUUAUUCAACAGCAUUUUGGGGAAAUCUGGUUUAUCAUGAACAUCCGCAUGACCUACACUUCUGUAGCUGUGUGAAGGAAAUGAGUAACAUCAACGCCAUCUAAACUUGGCUUAAAGACGAUUCAGACACAUUUGAGCCAGACUGGCUCCACGUGUGGCUCACUGGAUACAUGAGGCUGGUCUAUGCACUGACUACGCUUUUUGUGUCGAACAUCAAUAAUGGCAACAGCUAGAAGUUCAGGGACCACAGGCCGUAUCUUAAUUCCUGACUCUUCCAAUUCUGCAUCCCAGUCCCCCACAAGCGGCGACCGCAAACUGCUGGAUAAAGUUCUUAAGAGAUUGGAGAAGCUCCAUAAAUUGUGCACUGACCCGAGAUUGGGUCUUAAAAAUAGCCCGCCAUACCUCCCUGAGCUAGUGUCAGAGACCGCAAGCCACCUAACAGAGUUAUGGGCGCACUACAGGGGACCCAUGAUGGCCGUGCCACGAGGGGAUGAGGGAGAAUAUCUACGGAUCCAUAUUAGACACUUGCUGGACAAGGCGGAGAGAGCCGUGCUGCUUUUCAAGAAUGGCAGGGAGAAGAUGUAUGAAGAAACUUCAAGCUACAGGAGAAAUCUUACUAAGCUGUCACUCCUCUUCAGCCACAUGUUGACUGAGCUGAGAUCAUUGUUUCCUGGGGGGCGUUUUCAGGGUGAUAACUUUAGACUUACAAAGACAGAGGCCAAAGAUUUCUGGAUGAACGCCUUUGGACAUAAGUGUAUAGUGCAGUGGAACAUUUUUAAACUGGAGCUAAAGAAGGUUCACUACUUUGAAGAGGGAAUGGAGGCUAUGGCUUUGAAGUCCACACUUGAUCUCACUUGUAACGAUCACAUAUCCAUCUUUGAGUUUGAUAUUUUCACCAGGCUUUUCCAGCCCUGGCCAACUUUGCUAAAGAACUGGAAUCAGCUAGCGGUAACUCACCCCGGAUACAUGGCAUUUCUCACCUAUGAUCAAGUCAGGGCUCGACUAGAGCACUACAGACAUCGUCCUGGCAGCUACAUUUUUCGUCUCAGUUGCACACAAAUGGGUCAGUGGGCGAUUGGUCAUGUGACCCAUGAUGGCAACAUUGUUCAAACCAUUCCUCAGAACACACCUCUGUUCCAGGCACUUAUAAAAGGUUUUAGGGAAGGCUGCUACUUAUACCCUGAUGGACGUGAUGUGAACCCUGACCUUACCAGCCUGUGCAGUCCAGUUCAAAAGGGUCGAGUCAAAGUUACAGAGGAACAGUAUGAGUUAUACUGUGAGAUUGGCAGCACCUUUCAGCUAUGCAAAAUCUGUACAGAACGGGACAAAGACAUAUGCAUUCAACCAUGUGGACAUCUGCUUUGCCAGCCUUGCCUGACCGGAUGGCUGAAGUCUGAUGGACACACAUGCCCUUACUGCCGCUGUGACAUCAGAGGUACAAAGUCUAUAUUUAUUGAGCCCUACACACCAGCGACAGAUGGGAAGGCGGAGCAAAGUGAGGAAGAGGAAGAAGAUGAUGAUCAUGAGGACGUAGGGCUAGUGAUGAAAAAACUGGCUGCUAUGAAAAAGAUGUCACAGGACGAGUACCAGGUUCCCAGCUCCAGCCUUUCACCUCCUCCCCUUCCUCCAAAACACAACAUCCUUUCAUCCUGUAAUUCUCCCAAACCACGCUCCAAAUCCUUAGAGUCAGGCGCUCUGGUCAUGGCUCAGUCUAGUUCGAAAACCACACAUGGUUUCAGGGCAGAAAACCCGCCAAAUCAAUCUACCUCCUCCACAGACAGAAGUGAGGAGUUGUCUGAACAAACCUGUCCUUCGUCUUUACCGUCGAUAACACACAAUAGGGUAUCCUGGGAAGGUCCUUCAGAAAAUGUUAAAAGGAGGAUGAAACCGAAAAGAAAGGAGAAAAAAGAAGAGGAUAAUAGUGGGGUGGAUUCAUUAUCUCUUUCAGCAACACAGCCAGAGAGAGAUUUUUCCUGACAUCAGACAGGAGUGUAAAAUAUAAUGGCAAAAAAUGUGAUUGUGUAUAUCAGAAACUUUAUAUAAAAUAUAUUGUAACAAGAUUUUGUUGGAAGAGUACAUUUUACAUUUUUAACACACUUUAAUUCUACCUCAUAUCUACUAAAUCUUUAGAGAAAAUCACCUUGUUUUUGUUUGUUUUGUUUGAAAGACUGCACAAUGAAAAGUAUUUUUCUAUAGCUUUUAAGACAGGUCAUUAAAAUUAUGAUUUGUG